GGUGGAAAAGGAACCAUGCUCCUGCAGCGGCCUAGCAGGUUCCGCGGUGGCUGGAGAGCCGUGCAGCCGCGACCCGGCCUCAGUGCCGUCUUUGACCUGCCGUCCCUGCUUUGGCUGCUGGGCCUGGCUCUGCAGGCCUUACCGGCCGCCUCGCAGAAGCUGGACGAGACGGACCCAGUGGUCACCACGACCUAUGGCAAGCUAAGGGGCUUCAAAAAAGAACUCAACAAUGAGAUCCUAGGACCCGUCAUCCAGUUUCUGGGCGUGCCCUACGCGGCACCCCCUAUCGGGGAGAGGCGCUUCCAGCCCCCUGAGCCACCUGUGUCUUGGCCGGACAUCCGGAACGCCACUCAGUUCGGCCCGGUCUGCCCACAGACCAUUUUAGAGGGCAGAUUGCCGGACGUCAUGCUUCCAGUAUGGUUCACCAACAGCUUGGAGGUGGUGUCGUCCUAUGUACAGGACCAGAGUGAGGACUGCCUUUUCUUAAACAUCUACGUGCCCACUGAGGAUGUCAAAAGAAUAUCCAAGGAAUGUGCCAGGAAACCCGGCAAGAAAAUAUGUAGAAAAGGAGGUCCUCUUACAAAGAAACAGAAUGAUGAUUUAGGUGAUAAUGACGGUGCAGAGGAUGAAGACAUUCGUGAAAGUGGGAGUCCUAAGCCAGUGAUGGUAUUCAUCCAUGGAGGAUCUUAUAUGGAAGGCACAGGAAAUAUGUUUGAUGGCAGCAUCUUGGCCAGUUAUGGCAACGUCAUUGUCAUAACCCUGAACUACCGGCUCGGCGUGCUAGGUUUUUUAAGCACAGGAGACCAGGCGGCCAAAGGGAACUACGGGCUCCUAGAUCUAAUCCAAGCGCUGCGCUGGACUAGUGAAAACAUCGGCUUCUUUGGCGGUGACCCUUUACGCAUUACUGUUUUUGGAUCUGGGGCCGGGGCCUCUUGUGUGAACCUCCUCACUCUGUCCCAUUAUUCUGAAGGUAACCGCUGGAGCAAUUCAACCAAAGGCCUCUUCCAGAGAGCUAUUGCCCAGAGUGGUACAGCCCUGUCCAGCUGGGCUGUCAGUUUCCAGCCUGCUAAGUACGCCCGCAUGCUGGCCAAAAAGGUGGGCUGCAACUUCAAAGACACAGUGGACCUGGUGGAGUGUCUACAGAAGAAGCACUACAAGGAGCUUGUGGAGCAAGACAUCCAGCCUGCGCGCUACCACAUCGCCUUUGGUCCUGUCAUUGAUGGCGAUGUCAUCCCUGAUGACCCGCAGAUCCUCAUGGAGCAAGGGGAGUUCCUGAACUAUGACAUCAUGCUGGGGGUCAACCAGGGCGAGGGCUUGAAGUUUGUCGAGCUCAUCGUGGAUAAUGAGAACGGCGUUCAGGCUAAUGACUUUGACUACGCCGUGUCGAGUUUUGUGGACGACCUGUAUGGCUACCCUGAGGGCAAGGAUAUCCUGCGGGAGACUAUUAAGUUCAUGUACACCGACUGGGCUGACCGUCACAAUCCGGAGACCAGGAGGAAGACACUGCUUGCUCUUUUUACUGAUCACCAGUGGGUUGCGCCUGCAGUGGCCACGGCAGACCUGCACUCCAGCUUCGGAUCUCCCACUUAUUUCUACGCCUUUUACCACCACUGUCAGACGGAGCAGGUGCCACCCUGGGCAGAUGCGGCACAUGGAGACGAGAUCCCCUAUGUUUUCGGCCUGCCUAUGAUCGGACCCACUGAGCUCUUCCCCUGCAACUUCUCCAAGAACGAUGUGAUGCUCAGUGCUGUGGUGAUGACGUACUGGACCAACUUUGCCAAAACUGGUGACCCCAACCAACCGGUGCCACAGGACACCAAGUUCAUCCACACUAAGCCCAACCGCUUUGAAGAGGUGGCCUGGACGCGCUACAACCAGAAAGACCAGCUGUACCUUCACAUUGGCCUGAAGCCCCGAGUGAAAGAGCACUAUCGCGCCAACAAGGUCAACCUGUGGCUGGAGUUGGUUCCCCAUCUGCAUAGCCUCAACGAGGUCACCCAGAUCAUCUCCACCACCACCAAGGUUCCACCACCAGAGGUCACACCACGUGCCCCCAAGAAGAUACCAGCCAACACCAAGCGUCCCUUCCCCACGCCCUUCCCUACUGAAACGCAGGACAGCCAGAACCAGAACCAAAACCAGCCCUUCCUGGUGGACCAGCGGGAUUACUCCACAGAGCUGAGUGUGACCAUCGCCGUGGGCGCCUCGCUGCUGUUCCUCAACAUCCUGGCCUUUGCCGCGCUUUACUACAAAAAGGACAAGCGGCGGCAUGAGGUGCACCGGCGCUGCAGCCCACAGCGCACCACAGCCAACGAGCUGCCCCACACGCAAGAGGAGGAGAUCAUGUCCCUGCAGAUGAAGCACAGCGACCUGGAGCGCGAGUGUCGCGAGGCCAUGCACCCGCACGAGGUGGUCCUCAGGACUGCCUGCCCGCCCGACUACACGCUGGCCAUGCGUCGCUCGCCUGACGACAUCCCUCUCAUGACCCCCAACACCAUCACCAUGAUCCCCAACAGCAUGCCUGGUCUCAGCUCGCUGCACCCCUUCAACAGCUACCCCAGCGGACAGAACAACACACUGCCUCACCCGCACCCCCACUCACAUUCUACCACCAGAGUAUAGCCUCAUACGUGCGUGGCGCCGCUUUCAAGCACACCCAAAUACACACAGAUAGACACACCUGGACAAUACACACUCUCACCCACAGGCAUACCGUACAAGCCCACGGAUUUCUUGGGGAACAUGUGUGCGCUUGCUGUUUCGAGGAACAUGUGGAAUACGGCACAGGGUUUUUUUUUGUGCUCCCUGGGAGGAAAACUAUCAUUUUCUAUUAGAAAAAAGGAGAUGAGAAAAUGUGUGGAAACAUUUCAAAUCUAAUGAAAAACAGAGAUGGAUGUCUUUUUUUUUUUAGUCCUGCUGUUGUGACGAAGCCGGGGCCAUUUCCUGGCAAACAGAUAUCACUCCAGGUUGCUUGGAACGAUGGCUUGAUUCAGUUACCCAGGGAGGAAACAGCAGCAGCAGCGGCAGAGAUGGUGUGUGGGAGGCCCCUUUUGUAAAUGAAAGAAAGCAUAUUGUUUUCCCGAGGCAUCGGAUUGUAGAUUACUCUCUCUAGAGCAGAGAGGAGAUGCUGCUUACCUAAUUUAGGCAUGUGUUCUCCUAAGGAUGGAGGCAUUGUAAGAUACGGAAUAAAACAUUAACGGAGAAAAAGAGGAGGACAAGAACUCCUCGAAAAUAUGCACAAUAGAGACAUUCACCAAAUGUCUUGGAAUCUUUUUGUCAGUUUAUUUUUUGGGAACAGUUUUAUUGUAUAGAAUCUAUUUACAUAUCUAGAUAUGUACACAAAGCACCAAUGCUGUUCAAGCCCUGACUGCGGGGUGUCAGUACUGGAAAAAUCUGCCAGCAGUUCAUAUAGCGAGUGGGAAGUUCACUGGUUUUUCUGGCAGAUACAGCUUCAUCACACAAGUGCUGUCUAUUCGGAGAACUGGCGGACAAAUAAAAAAGGGAAGCUGGAUAUUUUUAGCACGAAGCGCAUGACAAUUUAUCUGCUUGGUGGCUGUUCUGCUGAUUAAGUCAUUAUUAAAAAAAAAGAAUAAUAAUUUUCAUCCCCAUUGGAUUUGUUUGAGGAAAACUGCUCUGAUUGGCCCAGAAACCUACUGAAAUCGGAAUACAGUGACACAAGCGAAGGCGAUGGGUCCUGAUUGGAUGCGGGGAAGGGAAAGGGGCGGGUAUAUGCUAAAUAGAGUGCAUUCACAAAUAGCUUGAGUGAACCUGGUUAUAAGGACUAGUUUUGUACAAUGUGUGUUGGUAAAACUUUUUAAUAGUGGUGAAUCACUUGCUGUUUGAGAUCCCAUGUGUGGGACAUUCAUUGUACUCUUUUUAAUUUGCUCAUUUUGGUCUCAGCUGUUAUACAUUGUUUUUUAUGUUUAUUUGUUUUGUUUUGGGGUUUUUUCUUCUCAUCUCUGGCUUAUAGGCAAAGACCACUUUUACCUUAGAAAACAACCUGCGUGGUUUAAUUCUCAUUCAUUUCUUUGUCUAACUCAUCAGGAAAUCCCCCCUGCAUAACUGGUGCCCCGGGGCUAGGAAGAAAUGAAGACAUAUUGCUGGGAAUCGUUCUGCAUAACUUUAGCUCUGUGGAACAUGAUUGGUUGCAUUGAUUUUGCUUGUGCCCUUUAUUAAGUCCAUGCUGUAGCCCUGCUUAAAGACGAAUGCUUAUAAAUUUCUGCCUGUCGCGGGGAGGCUAUCUGCUGACAGUGUGGAUUAGGAGGCCCUCUCAUCCUACGCCUCUGCAUCAGAUUGCAGCAGGUGCAGAGGUGGCAGUCUAAGGAAGAGGGAAGCCCUUACCAUGUCAAAGCAAGCUACUCUAGCCCCCAUUUGCAUCCACUGUACUAGUCACGGCCCUCUUGCAAG